GAGCCGGCUCGAGGCUGGGAGCACACGCGAAGGCGGCGGGUCGGGGCUCUGGGGCUUCCCUGCCACGUCGUCCCAGCACCCUCCUCCAGCCCCUGGUCCGUCCUGAGGCUCCUGCCCUCUCCUGCGGCGCGCGAGAUCCUAGAGCCCUCUCCUGCCUCAGCGCACCGGCACCCUCCCCCCCGCCCUCUGCAGUCAUGGUCUGGAAGACCCUGGGCUUGGGCAACUUCUCCAGCUGCCCCAAUGGCUCCCGCCAGUGGAUCUGGGACGUGUUUGGUGAAUGUGCCCAGGACGGCUGGGACGAGGCCAGCGUGGGCCUGGGCUUGAUCUCCAUUCUCUGCUUCGCAGCGUCCACCUUCCCACAGUACAUCAAGGCCUGCAAGACGGGCAACAUGGACCAGGCCCUGUCCCUGUGGUUCCUCCUGGGCUGGAUCGGCGGAGACUCCUGCAACCUCAUCGGCUCUUUCCUCGCUGACCAGCUGCCCCUGCAGACCUACACGGCGGUGUAUUAUGUCCUGGCCGACCUGGUGAUGCUGUCCUUGUACUUUCACUACAAGUUCAAGAACCGUCCCUCUGUGUUGUCUGCCCCCAUCAAUUCCUUGCUGCUGUUCACCUUGGGACUGGCAUGUACCACUCCGUUACUGAGCAGCCUUGGCUCUAUGGCUGCCCCGAGGGAGGCCUUCAGGGGGCGGAAGCUCCUGUCUGUAGAGCCAGGCAAUAAGCCCUUCACUCGGCAGGAAAUCAUUGGCUUUGUCAUCGGCUCCGUCUCCAGCGUCCUGUACCUGUUCUCCCGGCUGCCGCAGAUCCGCACCAACUUCCUGCGGAAGUCGACCCAGGGGAUCUCCUACUCGCUGUUCGCCUUGGUGAUGCUGGGGAACACGCUGUAUGGGCUGAGCGUGCUGCUCAAGAACCCCGAGGUGGGCCAGAGCGAGGGCAGCUACCUGCUGCACCACCUGCCCUGGCUCGUGGGCAGCCUGGGCGUGCUGCUGCUCGACACCAUUAUCUCCGUCCAGUUUCUGGUGUACAGGAAUGCCACCACGUCCUCCGAGCACCAGCCCCUCCUCCCAGGCUGACCAGGGCCCAGGCCAAGCCCAGACGGCCGGGACCUCCAGAUGCCACAUCAGGAAAAGAGAGGGGUGGGCAGUGACAGUGCUGAGGACCCCGGGCAAGGCGGGAGGAAGCCGGGGUUGGGGGCCUAGUACUCCUGACCCACCUGUCUACCCCAUGCCUCCAAAAUCUCCUGGGCUGACUCUUCCAGAAAGAAGCAAAACUGCCCCUAGGGUCAGCCUGUGCCCCCACCCACUUGGACCCGCCCCCCAGGGUCUGAGGCAGCUGUCCCUGGGAUCUUUGAUGGAGGGGCUGCAGCUGGGACCUCACCCCUCAAGAAACAGUGCAGCUGCCCCUCAGCUCACCUACCUCACGCUGCUGCUGGCCCCUCUGGAGGGCACAGCUGCAGCCGGUGUACCCAGGACUCUGGACUGCAGCCAGCUUAGUAAAUGGUACUUCCCAGCGAGGCCUGUUCUCUGACUCUUCCCAAGAUGCUGGGUCUGAGCUGCACUGUGAACAGCGGUGGAUGGAGAUCUGGGCCCAGGUGGGGGCCUGAAGGGUCAGGCUGUGGGGGAGUCGAGUGGGAGGGGCCAUCUGCUGGCUCGCCUCCCUGUGGCCUCUCGCGUCUUCGCCCUGCUUCUCUGUGUUGGGCUCCACACCUGGUGGUGGGGACGCAGCAAUGAGAUGACACUGCAGCGGGUCCCUGCACCUCGGAGCCCAGAAGGAAGCACAACAGUUGAGGUUCACAUUAUUGGUUCUGCAUCAUGGCUUCUCUGUGCCUCACUUUAUCUGAAAUGGGGUGGCAGUAUUACCACUUCAUGUGUCCUUACGAGAUGGUGCAAUUAUGGAGGUUAGCCCCAAAGCUGGCACAGUAAGAGCUCAAUAAAGGUUAGCUUUGGUAUUUUUAAUUGGAGGAGAGAGACAACCAGAUCUCCUUGGCGACCCAGGAGGCCUUCCUGGAGGAGGCAGUGUGGUAGAAGGAUGAGCAGGAGAUGACAGGGGAGAAGGGUGGGAGUGUUGCAGGCCAAAGGAAGAGAAGGUGUGAGAGCAGGUGGGGAGGUAGGAGCAGAAGGCGGGGCUGAGCCCUGAGUUCCGGUUCCUGGGCCCAACCUGUGUUUCUCCCAGACUGGUUCAGAGUGCACUUCCCUGUUGGCAGUGACCCUGUGGGUGCUUGAGGACAGAGAAGCCGGCUCCCCUCUGCCCUUGCCCUCACACCCCACUUCGGGUUCCCACGUUACUGGAGCCAUCAGGGUGGGCUGGGAGACAAGCUGUCCCUCUGCCUUUCUUCUGGAAUCUUCCUCUUCUAGCCCCCGAGAGAGCAAGGAGCUGAGCAACGGGACAGCCUUCCCCGUGCGGGCCCGAGGGGGGAAGGGGGUGGCGCUGCAGAUACUUGCAGCGCCCUCCACGCUCAGCCCUUGCUGUGCUGCAGGUCUGGGACAGAGGUGAACCUUUUCCGGGUCCAAAGUGCCAUAAGAAUGAGGAGACCCAACGGGGGAAGGCUUCAUGGAGGAGUGGCCCUGGAGCUGAAUGUUGAAGGCAGAGGGAGGGAGUGCAGAGGCCUGGAGCGGGAGUCUGGCUGUUCCCAAGAGGGGUGUGGGGGCAGGGCAGUGUGGGGGCUCACAGCAGGAGGCCAGUUCUGACUGGGGGAAGGGACAGCAGGGACGGCACCUCAGGUCCAGGUGGGCAGUAGGGCAGGAAGGGCCAGUGUCCCGCGGCCCUGUCCUGGGUGUGCCUGCGGACCCUGUGUAGGCUGGCAGCAGCUGCGUUUAUAGGGCUCUCUGUGUCUGGGGGCUGGACUGUGGCCUCAUCCGUUUCUCCCAAGCCCCUGGGUAAGUGCAAUCAUGACGGCCA